CCGAGUCGCUGUCGACAUCAAGAAGGCAGUGCAUUAAAGAUUAACGAUUUACAAACCUAUAAUUAACGACGCUUUUGUUCACAAAAUGCAUUGUUUAAUCUAUAAUACAACAACAAUUACUAAAAUUCAUUGGCUACGAUGAUUGAUAAACUGUAAUCGAACGAACGUCUCUGUAUGAUGAAAGCUCUUCCAAAACCUGAAAACUCCCGUCUUUCUAGGUGUGUAGGACUGCAUUGCGGUUUGAGAAAUUUGGCUGCUGUUGCUAGCAGGUCAGGCGACCACUUGGAGGCUCUGAGGAAAUACUUCUUGUGACAGUUUUAUUGACAAGGCGUCAAAUGUUGUCGUUACAGCUGCUGCUGCUGUUUAAUAUAGCGACCUGUUCUGCUCAGUAUUUGCAAGUCGACUCUUAAAAACAAGGAAACAUCUCAACCGGACUUUACACUGAGAACUAACCCUACCCGCUACUCUCUCUCUCUCUCUCAUAUUUAAUGUUACAAAGUGUUCAUAACCAAUAACGCCUCCCCCACCUCGCCCUCGUUUCUUUUUGCCAUUAAUGCUGGUGAUGUUUUAACCCUCGGAGCACAAACCUUGUCCCUCUCGCAUUUUCAGUCUUUCAGUCACCACCUUUGAUAACGAGCCAGCGAAGAAACCACGACAUGAUCGUUCAAACUACUUGCUAGAAACAGCAGCUUAAUCUACCUCAAAUCAAACACUGCUCUCUUUUGAAGAGAAGAAGAAGAAAAAAAGGAAAAAGCAACAUCAAAAACAAAACAUUGGAUAAUGUACUCUGGAGUACGGUUUGGAAACGAAAAUAAAUAGUAACAACAACAACAACAAAAAAACAAGUAAUAAUAACCCUGUAUAAGUCAUGGCUUGAACGAAUAUUGUAGAUCGUAGGUCUUCUCGAUCAUGGCCCGGGCCUGUUAGGGGGUUAAACCAACAAUAACACUACCACCAGUACCACUAACGUCAUAAUCAGAAACAGCAGCAGCAGCUGCCGUCCCCGCCGCCGCCGACGUUGCUCUACCAGCACCGUUCUGGGCGGGCUUCCAACCGACUGGAAUGGAGUUACAGAAUAAAACGGUAAAAGAAGACCAAGACACUACGGAUGGCUGGCGGCAUGCUGAAGCGGAGGAUGCCUUGUUAAAAGAAUCAUAUCAAUCCAUGCACGAUGUACCAGAGUCAGAAACAACGGAAGAAGUUGAGCCCACAAACCAGCGUGUUGUAUAUAUUAAUACUUCCCAACCGGUGAAAUACUGCUCCAAUAAAAUAAGCACUGCCAAAUACAAUUUUGCCUCGUUUCUUCCAAAGUUUUUGUUUGAGCAGUUUGGGAGAUAUGCUAACCAGUUUUUUCUCUUUAUUGCAUUACUUCAACAAAUUCCAAAUGUAUCGCCAACAGGGCGUUACACUACGGCAGUGCCUCUCCUGUUCAUCCUUACAGUGUCUGCCAUCAAAGAAGUCAUUGAAGAUUGGAAGCGACAUAAAGCUGAUGAAGGAGUUAACAAUAGAGAAGUAUUGGUGUUAAAAAAUGGUGACUGGUUUCCUGUUAAGUGGAUUGACGUAACAGUGGGAGAUCUGGUCAAGAUCACGAGUAGCAAGUUCUUUCCUGCUGAUUUGCUGCUGCUGUCUUCCAGUGAGCCCCAAGGUAUGUGUUACAUAGAAACCUCCAACCUGGAUGGGGAAACCAACCUGAAAAUACGUCAAGGUUUGCCUCAAACAUCUGGGUUACUGACACAUCAAGACCUCAUGGAACUCAGUGGCACCGUUGAAUGUGAAACACCAAACCGUUUCCUUUAUGAUUUUGCUGGCAAUAUCCGGCCAUCUGGCAGACAAGCUAUUCCUUUGGGGCCAGACCAGUUGUUAUUACGAGGUGCUAUGCUGAGAAACACAAAAUGGAUCUUUGGUAUUGUUAUUUAUACUGGUCAUGAAAGUAAGCUGAUGCUUAACACUACCUCUGCCCCUUUGAAGCGAUCUAAUGUGGAAAAAAUAACAAAUAAAGCUAUCCUGAACCUGUUUGUGCUAUUAAUAUGCCUGUCGCUGUUGAGUGCCAUCGCUAGUUUUGUAUGGACUCACAAUCAUGUGAACAGGGAUUGGUAUCUUGGAUAUGCAGAAAUGACCCCUAGCAAUUUUGGAUAUAACCUGUUAACAUUUAUCAUUUUAUAUAACAACUUGAUCCCUAUCAGUCUCCAAGUAACCCUUGAAGUGGUCAAGUUCAUCCAAGCAAUAUUCAUCAACUGGGAUAUUGAUAUGUACCAUGAAGCUACCGACACACCAGCUAUGGCCCGAACCUCAAAUCUUAAUGAAGAAUUGGGUCAGGUCAAAUAUAUAUUCACCGAUAAAACUGGAACCUUAACAAGAAAUAUCAUGGAAUUUAAAAAAUGUUCCAUUGCAGGAUUAGUUUAUGGUUCCAAUGUUGAAGAUGAAGAAUUCAAUGAUCCCUUGCUGUUGGAAAAUUUUAACAAACAUGAAACCUCUGGGAAAAUUCGGGAGUUCCUCACCUUAAUGGCAGUGUGCCAUACUGUGGUACCAGAGACAAAUGGCAAUGACAGUAAUAUUGUAUACCAAGCAGCAUCUCCUGAUGAAGGUGCUUUAGUCAGGGGUGCCAAGAAGUUGGGCUUUAUUUUUACGACGAGGACUCCUGAAACAGUCACAAUUGAAGUGUUUGGCAAGAAAGAAGUAUAUGAAGUACUAAAUGUGCUGGAAUUUACAAGUGUCAGGAAACGAAUGUCAGUUGUUAUUAGAUGCCCUGAUGGAAAAAUCAAACUCUUCUGUAAAGGAGCCGAUACUGUGAUCUAUGAAAGAUUAGCUGAUAAUCAGCAAUAUAAAGAAAUCACCUUAACUCACCUGGAAGAGUUUGCAACAACAGGUCUUCGAACGCUAUGUAUUGCCACCGCAGAAGUUUCUCCCGAGUUCUACAAUGAUUGGAAACACACUUAUUAUAAAGCCAGCACCACAAUACAGAACCGGGAGAAGAGACUGGGUGAGGCAGCUGAAUUAAUUGAACAGAACCUUAACUUGAUAGGGUCGACAGCUAUUGAGGACAGGUUGCAAGAGGGUGUACCAGAGAGCAUUGCCAAUCUAAUGAGAGCAGAUAUAAAAAUUUGGGUCCUCACUGGAGACAAACAAGAAACAGCAGUUAAUAUUGGCUAUUCCUGUAAGCUUCUUACUCAGGGCACCCCUCUACUAAUGGUCAAUGAACACAGCCUUGAUCAGAAAAUUGGUAGCGAACACCGCAAUGGAAGUGCUGCUGGUGGUGAAAAUUUAUUUGUUAAAGCCACCAGAGAGACACUCCGUCGACAUGUCCAAGAUUUUGGUGAGCAUUUACGGAAAGACAAUGAUGUUGCUCUUAUUAUUGAUGGUCAGACAUUGAAAUACGCCCUCCUCUGUGACUGUCGACAAGAUUUCCUUGACAUUGCCGUUUCAUGUAGAUCAGUCAUUUGUUGCCGUGUAUCACCAAUCCAAAAAUCAGAAUUAGUAGAACUUGUCAAGCAUUCUGUGAAAGCUAUAACUUUGGCCAUUGGAGAUGGUGCCAAUGAUGUUGGUAUGAUCCAGUCAGCACAUGUUGGUGUAGGUAUCAGCGGUAACGAAGGCUUGCAGGCAGCAUGUGCUUCAGACUAUGCUAUAGCCCAGUUCCGUUACCUAAACAAGUUGUUACUCGUCCAUGGAGCCUGGAGUUACUCAAGACUGUGUAAACUUAUUUUGUAUUCUUUCUAUAAGAAUAUUUGUCUGUAUGUCAUAGAGUUCUGGUUUGCCAUGGUAAAUGGCUUUUCCGGACAGGUUGUGUUCGAGCGCUGGAGUAUUGGUUUGUAUAAUGUGAUAUUUACUGCAUCUCCACCCCUUGUCUUAGGUUUGUUUGACCGAACAUGCAAUGAAGAAAGCAUGCUUCGGUUUCCAGCAUUGUAUAAAACUUCGCAGAGUGGAGAACUUUUUAACAUCAAGGUAUUCUGGAUGUGGCUCAUCAACUCUAUUUAUCAUUCUAUUUUGCUGUUUUGGUUAACAGUUCUUGCUCUUAAACAUGAUAUUCUUUAUUCAAAUGGAGAAGUUGGUAACUAUCUUCUCCUUGGAAACUUUGUAUAUACGUAUGUUGUUGUUACAGUAUGUCUAAAAGCAGGUUUGGAAACAAGUGCGUGGACUUGGUUGACACACCUUGCAAUAUGGGGCAGCAUUGUCAGUUGGUUCAUGUUUCUAAUUAUUUAUAGCCAUGUGUGGCCUGUCAUCAAUCUUGCACCAGAGAUGGUGGGCAUGGAUAGCCAUGUAUUUGGGUGUUUAAUAUUCUGGGCAGGCUUAUUAUUAAUUCCGACCGCAGCUCUUUUGCGGGAUGUCAUGUGGAAAGUUAUCCGACGUACUUUACUAAAAACACUCCGCGAAGAAGUCCAAGAAAAAGAACUAGCAAAUGAAGAUCCUUCUGGAGUGGUAUUAAAAUCGACGAAGAGAAGGAUUACUGAGACGGCUCGAUUGCUGAAAAAUGUCUUUUCGCGUUCACAUACUCGGAUUCCGACAGCAUCUGAUCAGCCACGUAAAAAGAUAAAAAUUUUCUGCAAAGAUGGGUAUGCAUUUUCUCAAGAAGAACAUGGAGUUAUUCCACAGGCAGAGCUCAUCCGCGCUUAUGACACAACAAAAUCCAAGCCUGAAGGACUGUGAGUUCCGUUCUGCUCCCAUCGCUAGACCUGCCCCCUCUGUUGUAACACUUGCUGACACUUCUCCCAUCAUGUGGCGGAUCUACCAAACAAGGAUUUUUGAGAAAGACUAUCUCUAUCUCGGCUCUUUAUUCUUUUCCUUUCUCACAAAGAAUACCGACCAAGUACUGAGAAUUUCCUGGACACUAACUAAACUUUUGAAUAUCGCUCUUUUGGGGGAAAUGAAAGGAUAAAACAAAACAACAACAAAAAAACACUGAUAAUGACAAUUGGUAAUUGAUAAUGAUAACAAGGAUUGGUAUUAAUAAUGAUGCAUCAAACAAAACUGAAAAAAAAAUUGUUUAAAAAUUAUUAAAAAAAAUUAAAAUAAAUAAAAAGAAACACUCCUUCUCCCCAUCCCCAAAUGAAACUUUUGUUCCCCAGAAACUGUUCCCUUUUCCCCCCUUGCUCUUCCCACUUCUCUCUCUUUUUCUCUGUCCAAUGUUGAACAUUAAUUAUAACUACUACUAAUACUACUCCCUCCUCUGCCUCCUUCUCUCACCUCAGACGGACAAAGACCGAACAGUAUACAAAAUACUCCAUCCUCAACAGCUACAGCAAUGCACGUUUGUUGUUGUUGUUGUUGUCGUUGUUAUUGGUUUGUUUGUUUUACUUUUUCUUUUUUUUUUUUGUUUUCUUGGUGGGGAGCGGCAGGUUCUUGAAAAAUUUGAAAAAAAAAGAAAAAAUAGAAAAAAAAAUUUUAAAAAGGGAGAAUGAAAAGAACAUUGAAAUAUUUUUUCCUAUAUAUAAACAUAUACACACACACAUACAUAUAUACAUACAUAUAUAUAUAUAUAUAAAUAUAAAUGAAUAUACCCACUGUACCAAGUGGGGAUUUGGGUUGAUGAGUGUGUGUUGCAAAACUUGAUUCAAUUUACUGGAGAACUAUAUUUGUAUAAUGAUGUAAAGUGAAAGGAAGG